GCUCGGGCUUGUGGGGGCGGAGCCACUCUGAGUUUGUAUAGACGGUGACUGUAUCACCCUUUCGCCUUCGCACAUCUUUGCGCUCAGUGUGCCUAGCCAUGCAAAAAGUAGCCGUGAUCACCGGUGCCAGCAGUGGUAUCGGUGCUGCGCUGUGUGAGCGUCUCCUCCAGGAAGAUGCUAGCGUCCAUAUGUGUUUAGCCUGCAGGAACAUGGAGAAGGCCAACGCUACCCGUAACAAACUGUUGUCCUACUAUCCCAGUGCAGACAUCAGCAUAGUUCAAAUCGAUGUUGGAAAGCUUGAAUCUGUCCUUCAUGCAGCAGAAGAGAUCAAGACAAGUAACCACCUGUUACUUUCAUUGUGUAGAUUUCACCAUUUGGAUUAUCUCUUUUUGAAUGCUGGGAUCAUGGUAAAUCCACGUAUCAGUGUUUGGGCAUUUAUACGUGGCAUCUUCUCCAGGAGUUCAAAGCAACACACAUGGGGUUCCCAGGUGGUCUCCCAUCCAAAUACUGACCAGGCCCAAACCUGUCUAGCUUCAGUGAUGGAACAUCCUCAAGUGGAACAAAAUGAAGCAAAGUCCUCUUUUGCCCAGAGGAUGUUCCAAAUGCUGACUACAGCAGAGGGGCUGAUAGGCCAGGAAGACAGGGUCACUCCAGAUGGCCUUCAGGAGGUCUUUGAAACAAAUCUCUUUGGACAUUUUAUGCUGAUCCGGCAGCUGGAACCUCUGCUUUGCUGUCAUGAAAAGCCCUGCAAGCUUGUCUGGACCUCUUCAGUCAAUGCCCAUAAAUCUAACUUCAGUCUUCAUGACUAUCAGCACAGGCAAGGUACAGAGGCCUACAGUUCCUCUAAAUAUGCUACUGACCUCACAAGUGUGGCUCUGAACAACCGGUUCAACAAGCAGGGUCUGUAUUCUAGUGUCACAUGUCCAGGUGUUGUGAUGACUAACAUGACCUUCGAAAUCAUGCCCUCUCUUGUCUGGAAGUUACUUUUUCCCAUUCUGUGGCUGUUCCGCCUUUUUACUCACACGUAUACACUGACGCCGUAUAACGGAGCGGAAGCACAGAUCUGGCUGUUCAAGCAGAAGCCAGAGUUGCUGGACCCACUGGUGAAAUUUCACAGCUGUACCACGUUAUUUGGAAAGAAUUAUGUCCAGAUCCGCAAGAUGGAUCUCAGCGAAGAUAUUGCCGAGAAGUUUUACAAGAAACUGUUGGAACUAGAGAAGCAACUUCUAGCAAGGCACAACAGCAAGCAGCAUAAAAUGUAGCAAGACUAGACAGGUCUCUAGUCACCAUUCUUCACGGCAAUGAGUUUCUUUCAUUUGGAACUUAAAAGUCAGACUUUAGUGUUUCUCUCUGUCUCUCCCCCCGCCCCCCCCAAUUUGCCUUUGCCACACAGAUCUCUCUGGAGAUCGGUCAUGGAGCUGAAGUGCUGAAAGAAACCAAAAAAAGUCUUGUAUUUAGUCUCUGUUCCUCCAUGUAUGUCUUUAUAAUGCCUUUUCUCCCCACUAACUGUAAUGUCUUUAAUUCACUCCAGUGUUUGUCCUUCCCAGUUACUUGUCUCCUAAAGCCUGCGUAUACCUCAGAGCAGGACUUUUCUCAAAUAAUAAAUAAAAUGGAUGGUAGAUGUA